CAUGAUCAUCACUUUCUUGCCAAGUAUUAUUAAACAUACUUCAUGAGUAACUCCUGGUUUCACCUGUUUUUUCACCUCAACCAAAUCCUCGCUACCACCCUUCUCUUUUACACUAUAAAGACCCUUGACAGACCCUACACAACUCAUCAUCACCUCUCUGUUUCCAUCUCUUUUUAUCAACUAAAACAUUACAAAUAUGUCUAAUAUUAAAUCCUUCUCAAUGUUGUCCAUUCUCAUGAUUCUCUUAAAACUUUCCUGUCUCAGUUUUUCACAAGUCUCAACGGAACCUAAAUUCUUUGGAGUUGUCUCUCCUGCUACACCUACUCUUUCAGGAUUUGUUACCACGAAAAAUACCCAGUUCUUGCUCAAUGGUGCGCCGUUUCUGUUUAAUGGGUUUAAUUCUUAUUGGAUGAUGCACAUAGCGGCUAAUCCAGACGAGCGUAAUAAAGUUUCUGAAGUGUUUCAUGAUGCGUCCGCUGCUGGUCUCACUGUAUGUCGUACAUGGGCUUUCACUGAUGGUGGUGAUUUAGCUUUACAGAUAUCUCCUGGUGUUUACGAUGAACGUGUUUUUCAAGCACUGGAUUUCGUAGUCGCGGAAGCUCAAAGACAUGGAAUUCGAUUGAUUUUGAGUCUUGUCAAUAACUACAAUGAUUACGGAGGUAGAGCACAAUAUGCAGAGUGGGGUAAAAGUGCCGGAGUUGAGAUUAAGAACGAUGACGAUUUUUACACCGAUGCAACAUUGAGGCAGUACUACAAGAACCAUGUCAUGAGAGUUCUAUCACGGGUUAACACCAUCACUAAGACUGCAUAUAAGGAUGAUCCCACGAUUAUGGCGUGGGAACUCAUAAACGAACCUCGUUGUGAAUCCGACGACACUGGGAAAACUAUUCAGGCAUGGGUUCAAGAGAUGGCAACAUAUGUAAAGUCUAUCGAUAGCAAACAUUUGCUUGAGAUUGGAAUGGAAGGAUUUUAUGGAGAUUCAAUCCCAGAAAAGAAACAAAUCAAUCCUGGUUAUCAAGUUGGAACUGAUUUCAUCUCUAACAAUCUUGUGAGGGAAAUUGAUUUCGCUACAAUUCAUGCAUACCCAGACAUUUGGUUAGCUGGACAAACUGAAUACGAGCAAUUAGUAUUCGCCCAAAGAUGGAUGGCAACCCAUUGGAUAGAUUCGAAAACAAUAUUACGAAAGCCAUUGGUGUUCAGCGAAUUCGGAAAAUCGAAUAAAGAUCAAGGAUAUACGAUAAACGGAAGAAAUUUGUUUCUAAACACAGUAUACAGAUCCAUAUACAACUUUGCAAUAAAUGGUGGUUCAGUCGGAGGAGGUUUAGUAUGGCAAAUUGUAGCAGCAGGGAUGGAAACAUAUUAUGAUGGUUAUGAAAUCGUUUUGUCGCAAAACCCAUCAACGGCCGGACUAAUUGCCGGACAAUCACUUAAAAUGGCUGUACUUGGUCGUAUGUUAAAUGCACCACGUACUCCAUACUUUGGUAGAGUACCGCGAUCACAUUAUAUUUUUGGGCAUAAAAAAGCUCAUACUCAUCACCACCAUCAUAAUCGCCACCUUAAUCAUAAUCAUCAGAACACCAGACAUGGUGCUGUUGGUGGCGGGUCCGAUCAUAAAUCAACAGUCGAGGCAAACAAUUGGGCAUUUCUACAUCAUCAUCCACAACCAGCUUGGCCAUCACAUCGUAGACAAAUCAAGCCAUCACUUCCUCAGGAGAAGAAGUUGGAAGAUUAAUUAGAUAGAAAAGAGUACGAAGGAGUUUUAUUUUAUUAAUUAGAUAGAAAGUUGAGAUUAAUGAAGGCCUAGUUAAUUAAUUUAAUUAAUUAGUUACGAAU